AUGAGCGCCAUCAGCGACCGCGAGCCGGAGCGGCCCUUCCGCGUCGUCGUCUCCGCCGGCGACCCCGUGCCGCGGCCCGCCGAGGGCGACGACGGCGCCGCGGCGCCGCCGGAGCCGGAGCCGCAGGGCGGCGGCAAGGUCGCCAUCGUCGAGGUCUGGCCGAGCGACGCGCCGCCGGGCCCGCGCCUGAGCCUCUUGACGACCUUCGAGACGCCGAGCCGGCCGCUCGCGCUGACGCUCGCGCGCGACGGCCGCUGGCUCGCGCUCACGCUCAGCGACGGGUCCACCGCGCUGCACCGGCUGCCGUCGAUGGCCGCGAUGCCCGACGGCGACGUGGACCGGAAGAUGGAGCGCAUCUCCGAGGAGCAGGCCGUGGAGUGGCGCGCGGAGUACGACAAGGACCUCGCGGACGUGGGGCGGCCGACCUUCGCGCUGCCCGCGCCCGAGCGGCCGACGCGCGUCGCGCGGCUCCCCGCGGAUCCGGGCGCGAAGGCGCCGUCGCGGCCGGCGACGCCCGCGCCCGCCGAGGGCGACGAGUUGGACGAGGAGCCGCCCGUGGAGGUGCCGACCUUCCACUUCGUGGGCUGCUACAGCGCCGCGGAGGGCUGCGCGACGGACGCGUCCGUCGUGGAAGUCCGCGCGUCGUCGAACGUCGUCCGCAAGCACGGCCUCGGCGCGCUCCCGCCGCCGCCGGCCGAGGGCGAGGGCGCGCCGCGGCCGCCCCAGCUCGCGUCCUGGGCCCUGCCGGCGGCGGCGACGGCGUCCGCGGUCGCCGUCGACGCGCGGCGCGGCGCGGACGAGCACGCGGUGCUCGCGCUCGGCCUCGCGACGGGCGCCGUGCUGCUCUGGGACCUGCACCUCGAUUUGUGCCGCCGCGUGCUCAAGCGGCACCAGGCGCCCGUGACGUCCAUCGCCGUGCACCGCCACAAGUACCUCGUCGCGGGCGCGGGCGACGGCCGGCUCCACGUCUACGACCUGGCGGUGCCCGGCGAGGCGCGCGCGGCGUCCGGGGCCUUCGUCGCGACGGAGCCGGCGCUCGUCGCCUGCCGCGCGGACCUCGCGGCGCCCGUGACCAAGGUGCUCUGCCUCGACGUCGCCGCGCUCGCCGUCGCCGCGGACGGCAAGGGGUCGCUCGCGUUGUACGACCUCGCGAACGACGGCGUGCUCGGCUGCCUGAGCCUCGGCGACGGCCAGGCGCCGCGGUCCGACGGCGACCACGCCGUGGCCGCCGGCGACGACUGCGUCGUCGCGACGUCGGCCGCCGACGGGCGGGUGCACGUCUUCGCGGCGCACCACCUCAUCCUCCAGCUCUGCCCGGGCGUCAACGCGGCGGCCGGCGGCGAGAGCGACCCCCUGACGAUCCUGCGCCUCUUCAGCAACCCGGACGGCGGGCCGGGCGACUUCGCCGCCGAGCCGCCGCCGAGCCCGCCGCCGGGCACGGCCAAGUCGACCGCGAAGCCCCACGGCGCCGAGAGCCGGACGUCGCUCCAGUCCGCGGACACGCACAAGCGGUCCCACCGCGGCGGCAACGUCUUCGCCGAGCUCACGGCGACGAACGUCACGGCCCUCGACGGCGACUUCGCGCCCCAGCUUCCCGGGGGCGCCUUCAUCGACACGUACGACCUCCUCCAAGACGCUGUCGCAGACAGCGUGAAUGGGCGCGCGGCGCGCGAGUCCACGCUCGCGUCCAUCCUCAAGUCCAUGCAGAAGGCCGGCGGGAGCUCCUAA